AAUAAUGUUUCAACGAUGUUGAACGUACAAUACAAAGUAGGAAAAAAAAAAAUACAAAAUCCAAAUCAGCCGUCAUAAGAUAUUCAAAACAAUCAAAAUGAUGACUAUCUUCUAGUAAGUCAAGUUGACUUGUAAGUUUUUCGUAUAGAUUUUGUAAAAAGUCAAAAAUUUAGCAAAAGUGAGCUUGAACUAAUCUUCAAUUCUAGAUCUAAGCACAAAUUUAGCAACCUACUUUUUAUAGCCAAACAUAUAAAUGAAAUCAUAGGCUAAAUAAAAAUCUGCUCCUUUCAAAGAAGAAAACAUGAUGUUAAAUAAAAUUUUGUUUCCCCUGUUUUUUUGCAUACUCUUCCAUUUUUCUUUCAUUUUCAACUUUGCUGAUGCAAAUCAGCAAGAAGCAGAAGCUCUCAUCAAAUGGAAACAGAGCUUGCAUAGUCAUAACCAGUCAUUUCUGUCAUCUUGGUCACGGAGUACCGGAUUUACCGCGAAGAACAGCAAUGUUAUCAAUCCAUGCCAUUGGCUUGGAGUUGGUUGCGAAAAUGGGUAUGUCACAAGGUUGAACUUAACCAAUGUGGGUUUAACAGGUACCCUUUAUGCCUUCAAUUUUUCUUCUUUGUCAAAUUUAACUUUCCUUGAUCUUCAUGAUAAUAAUCUCUUUGGAAAUAUCCCUUCAUCAAUUAGUAACCUCACUAAACUUACUAGUCUUCAUUUGGGAAAUAACCAAUUCACUGGAAAACUACCCUUAGAACUUGGAAAAAUGACUACCCUUACAUAUCUGAACUUCAUCAACAACUUUCUUUCAGGCCACAUUCCAUCUUCUUUAGGAAAUCUAACCUCUCUUUCUCACCUGAUCGUUGGAAAUAAUCGGUUUGUGGGUACAAUUCCUCCUAAGCUCGGGAAUUUGGUAUCACUCAAAGAGCUUCGUAUUAACUUGAACAACCUUACAGGUCCUUUACCGCCUUCUAUUGGAAAUCUGAGAGGGUUGAAGGUUUUGUCAGUUUAUGGAAACAAGUUGUCAGGCUCAAUUCCAAAGGAGUUUGAUAACCUCACUAACUUAACUUUGUGUUUUUUUUCAAACAAUACUAUUUCUGGUUCACUGCCUGCAAAACUUUGCCAAGGUGGGAUUCUUCAAGAUUUUUGUGCAAGUAACAACAGGUUUUCAGGCACUGUACCAAAGGGGUUGAAAAAUUGCACCAGUUUGACAAGAUUAAGGCUUGAUAGAAACCAUUUUGUGGGUAAUAUAACAGAAGAUUUCGGGGUGUACCCCGUUGUUGAUUACAUUGACUUGAGUUACAAUAACUUUGAGGGUGAGAUUUCUUCCAAUUGGGCUAGGUGCAAAAACAUGACUAGUCUCAAGAUUUCUGAUAAUAACAUUACUGGUAAAAUACCGCCUGAGUUGGGAUUAGCAACCAAGUUGCAGUAUCUAGAUUUGUCAUCUAAUCAGCUGGUGGGAGUAAUUCCGAAAGAGUUGGGAAAUUUGAAGUCAUUGUUCAACCUCACAUUGAGCAAUAACAAGCUCAUUGGGAACAUUCCCAAUGAACUUGGUAAUUUGCUCGAUUUAGCCUCUCUUGAUCUAGGCGGGAAUGGAUUAAAUGGAACGAUCCCAGAAGGAAUUGGAAAUUGUCUCAAAAUGAUCAACUUGAAUCUAAGUCGAAACAGCUUGAGUGGAGUUAUUCCUUGGCAGAUUGGGAAUCUUGUGAACCUACAAGUACUGUUAGACUUGAGCAGAAACUCACUUUCAGGGGAGAUUCCAUUACAACUUGGGAAGUUGGAUAGCUUGGAGGACUUGGAUCUUUCUCAUAACAAUCUUUCUGGCCAAAUCCCAUCAACUUUCGAUCAAAUGCAAAGUUUGAUGUCUGUUGAUAUGUCCUACAACAACCUCGAGGGUCCUCUUCCUGAUGGCAAAGUGUUCACGAAUGCACCCCUCGAAUCAUUUAUGGGAAAUAAAGCUCUAUGUGGGAACAUAACAGGCUUAAUGCCUUGUCCUAGAGCCCUUAAUAUUUCUAAGAGGAACGGCAAAGAUUUGGUGAUACUGAUUAUGACUCCCAUCAUAGGUGUUGGAGCAUCCUUAUGCAUCAUUGUAGCGGUUGCCUUGUAUCUUCUGAAAGGGGUUAAAAGGGAGAAAACCCGGCGAAUAGGCUCCCAUCGAGAAAACAUGUUCUCUAUAUGGAGCUUUGAUGGGAAGUUGGUGUACGAGGACAUAAACGAAGCAACAGAAGGGUUUGACACGAAGUACUGUAUAGGAGUAGGUGGGCAUGGGACUGUGUAUAAAGCAGUCCUGUCAACAGGGCAAAUUGUUGCUGUUAAGAAGCUGAAAACUGCACAAAACCCGGGUUUUGUAAAAGGAAAGAAUUUUGAGGCUGAGAUCGAAGCAUUAUCCAAGAUUAGACAUCGAAACAUUGUGAAGCUUAAUGGGUUUUGCUCCCAUGCCCAACAUUCAUUGCUGGUUUACGAGUACUUGGAGAGGGGAAGCUUGGGGAAGUUGCUAGGGAACGAGAAGGAAGCAAGAGAAUUGGACUGGGAGAAAAGGGUUAAUGUGAUAAAGGGGAUUGCAAAUGCACUUUGUUAUAUGCAUUAUGAUUGUUCUCCUCCUAUAAUCCAUAGAGAUGUUUCUUCCAACAAUGUGUUGCUUGACAGAGAUUAUGAGGCUCGAGUUUCCGAUUUUGGCACAGCUCGGCUUCUAUGUCUAGAUUCUUGCAACUUGACCGAGCUUGCUGGAACUUAUGGCUACAUUGCUCCUGAACUAGCUUAUACCAUGAAACCUACCAAGAAAUGCGAUGUCUACAGCUUCGGAGUUGUAGCACUAGAGGUUAUAAGGGGAAGCCAUCCAGGAGACCUUAUAUCUCCAUCUUCAAGCUCAUCGGUGUACACUUCAUCAUCAUCCUCGUCUGCAAUAUCCGACACUUCUCUGCUCGAAAAUAUUCCUAAUUUAAUACCCAAAGAUCUCUUAGACACCCGUCUACCAUAUCCUUCUUCAGGAUUGGCUCAUGAGAUAGCAAUUAUCAUUAAGUUAGCUUUAGAGUGCAUUAAGGAUGAUCCACAUGUAAGACCAACCAUGCAGUAUGUGUGCCACCAAUUGCAACCAACACGAAAAUUAGCUCUAUCAAAUUCAAUAGGGAAGAUCAUGUCAUGGAAUGAGGGUGAAUGUAGCAGUGAAGGCGCGAAGAGCAUGAGGUCUUCUAGUUGUUCUUCAGGUCAUAAAGUUGAUAUCGUCUAAGCAAUUAAGUCUGAUGAGCAUCAAAACUCUCAAUCUUAUAUGCGAUAUCUGUGGAUGAGAGGCAUUUUGUAGACUUGCUUGUACGUAAUCAUAGAGCUUUAAAAGAUUUUUAGUUGUACAAUUUAGAGUACAUGAAGCCAUGAAGGGCUAAUCGCGUUGAUCAUCUAUGAUCAUGUGCCGCUAUUAGGUGGCUUCAGUUUUUAUUUCAUUAUUUGGAACUUUUGAUUUAUAUAAGUAAUUUGAUUUAUAUCAG